CCCUGGCAAGCUCGCAACGCCAAUGCAGGCGAUUAAAGUUUGGACCCGCUUCCCCGAUGUGAUCACCCCUGGCACAGUCUGACAGUGCCAAUUGCCAAGAACACAUCUUCACCACCUGCCAGCCUACGUCAGGCUGUCAGCUUUGGAAUCCCGCCUACGCUGAUCACGACAUGCGCCCUUCGGUGCUUGAUUUGUCACCCGGAGAUGUCAAUUUCAUCCUUCAGGACUCGUAGAGAUGCGCUUACAAUUGACCCCAUCGUGUUCGUAAUGAUUCCUCCUGAUGUGAUACUUCUCUGCCCUUCUCAGAAUUCUCGCAAUUCAAUGAAAACGACGUGAUCACCUGCGACUAACACCUCUCCAUAGAGAACAUCUCGUAUGAACUACACCUUCCUCCUGACAACCCUUCUCUCGUCACAACUCCUCACAAGCUCAAGCCUCUUCUUCCACUCACAACAACAAAACACCAACGCCAUCAUGCCAGGCAGAACAAUAUCCUUCCACCAAGGCGAGCUCGCCCUCCACGAACAACUUAAAAUUCCCCGCAGAGCGAACCCCACAGCCGCGGGCCUCCCCCCGUCCUACGGCAACCGCAUCGCCGCCGCCCCGCUCCUGGCCCUCGGCACCCUAGACGCGGAACGCCGGCCCUGGACGACGCUGUGGGGCGGCGAGGCGGGCAACGUGGCGAGGCCGAUUGCGGAGGAUGUGCUUGGUCUCAGGAGCUGGGUUGAUGUUGUUGAUGAUCCGGUGUUUAAGGCUCUUUGGGGGGCUGAGGGGAAUGUAGACGGGGAUCAGCAGCAGCAGCAGCAUUUGCAAGAGGUGAUUCAGCCUGGGAGGGGUCCGGAUGGAGGUAAACUCGUCUCCGGGCUGGCCAUCGACCUCACGACGCGGGAUCGCGUAAAGUUUGGAGGCAGAAUGGUGGCCGGGGCGGUUACGGUUGCCUUGGAUGGUGGGGACCGGAGCUCUUUCUCCUCUGCCCCUUCGGAAGUACAGAUCGCGGUACACGUCGAAGAGAGUCUGGGAAACUGCCCCAAGUACCUCAACAAAAAGGACGUCAUCCCGCGGGCGUCGCUCGUCAAGGGCAGAGUGGAGCGGGAGUUGCCGCUGUCUGAAGAGGCUGUGAAGGUCGUGCGCGGGGCGGAUAUGCUUUUCCUCACGAGCGGGUACGAGGAGGGAGGGGAUCACGGUGGUGGUAGUAGCAGUAUGGAUACGAAUCACCGGGGAGGGUCGAGGGGGUUUGUGAGGGUUGCGAGGAAUGAUGAGGGUGGCGUGGAGAUUGUGUAUCCCGAAUUUUCCGGCAAUCGGUUAUAUCAGACGCUGGGGAACCUUAAAUUGAACCCCUUGGUCGGGAUCGCGAUACCAGACUUUAAGACGUCAGACGUCCUGUACCUCACGGGAUCGGCAUCGAUACUCGUCGGACAAGACGCGGCAAACUACCUCCCGCGCACAAAACUCGCCGUCAAAAUCACCGUGUCGGCCGCGGUCUUUGUACAGUUGGGCCUACCCUUCUCCGGGACCCCUCUCGAGCCGUCGCCGUAUAAUCCACCCGUGAGACCGCUCUUCUCCGAGCAGCAGCACACCUUGAGUUCGUCUGCAGAGAAAACAAGGACGGCCACGCUGCUACGCCGCGAGAUCAUCACGCCGACGAUUGCGCGGUUCGUCUUUGGCCUGGAGCCCGCGGCGCAGUGGGAGGCGGGCCAGUACGUCACGUUUGAUUUCGCGGAGGAGCUGGAUGUCGGGUGGAUUCAUAUGCGCGACGACGAGCCGCAGAGCCUGAAUGAUGAUUAUGUGAGGACGUUUACGGUUUCGAGUCCGCCUGGAGAUAGCGGCGGAAGGGAGUUUGAGAUUACGGCAAGGAAGAAUGGUCCGGUUACGAAUUUGUUGUGGAGGUGGAGUUUGAGGGUUCCGUUGGAGGUUCCUGUGCUUGGGUUUGGCGGCGAAGAGGCGUUUAGGAUGGGUAGGAGGGGGAAGCAAGAUGAUGACGGUGGUGAUGAUGUUGAAGAGGUGUUUGUUGCUGCUGGUGUUGGGAUUACGCCUUUGAUUGCGCAGGCUGGUGGUGUUUUGGAGUCUGGGGUGAGAGUGAAGGUGUUGUGGACUGUGAAAGGAGAGGACGUGAAGCUGGUGAGGGAUGUUGUUGGGAGGAUUCCUGGGUUGGCCGGUGUGCUGAGGGUGUUUGUGACGGGCGAGGUUGGAGAGACGGAGGAGGCGAUGAUAUGGGAGUUUGAAGGGCUCGAGGCUGUUGUUGAGAGGAGGAGGAUUCGAGCUGGUGAUGUGAAGGGUGGCGGUAUCAAAAGGAGAUACUUUUUGUGUACCGGGCCGGAGAUGCUCAAGGUCUUGAAUGGGUGGUUGGAAGGUGAGGAUGUGGCAUUUGAGGACUUUGCUUUUUGAGGAGGCAGUAGAGGAUAUCUUCAAGAUCUAUACAAUCUACCAGUCAAGCUGUCUGGCAAAAGGCUUCAAUUUCAUAUCUUGAAUAAGGAAACGAGACUAUGACUUAUGGAUGUUUUUACGAUAAUUGACCAAACGAUAUCUCAUCACAUCAGGGUAGAGCUGCUAGAAAGGUUGGUUCACAAUCCUUGCCACAUGGUAACAGACACUUCGUAAUGUCUAGUAAGGUUUCGUUAUGAAGCUCUUGGAUAUUGUAAACCAAUCUGGAAGAGCGGAGUCCGUUCAACUACCGGCAGCAAGACGUCUGGUUGAGACAUUGAAUCUGGGAGAAUUUCUCGCUGAUUGGACUCAGAAGAGGCAUGAUCACCUAAUCGCAGUUUCGGGAUUGGUUGGGCAAGAAUGAAGAAUUAAUUAACUCGGAAGGCGGAAGGCGCAAAAGUAACGUCAAG